GAAGGUGAGGAUGAGGUGAGCGACGAAGAGGAGCAAGAUGAAGAGGAGGCGGAAGCGGAGGCAGUUGAUUACGAGCAGGUUGAAACUGAAGAAGAAAAAAUUUUUUCCAGGACUCGACGACCCCCAAUCGAGAGACCCGAUGAUGAUCAACCAAAGGAAAUGACUGAAGCCGAACAAGCCAUGAUGGCAGCCAAAAAGCGGCAUGCGGACGACGAGGCAGCCAAGAUGCUCGACUACGAGGAGAGACGUCGUCGUGAACGUGAGCAGCAGGACGAGGAGUUGAGGGAGUUGAAGGAGCGGCAAGAACAGCGCAAAAGACAGCGCGAGGAGGAAGAGCAGGAGAUGGCCGAACGUCGAAGACAGGACGACGAGAGACGUCGCGCUGAUGAGCGUAAACGCGAUGCGGAUCGCUUGAAACGUCAGCAAAUGAUGGCCGGAUCGUUUGCGGCAAUUUCCGGAGAUGGCAGCGGAGCGCGUAAUUUUGUGAUCGAUAAGAGCGAAGAAGCAGGUCGCAAGAAGAUCACCAAUCUCGCCGGGUCCAAAGACGGCAAAGAGAUGAGCAAAGAGCAAAAAGACGAGCUCCGUCGUGCCUAUCUGGCCUCGGUAAGCCGGAAGGCGGACAUAUCGGAGACAAUGGUCAACGAUCUGAAGCAGAAGAUUCAUCAGAUGCACGAACGAAUCUGUAAGCUCGAAGCCGAUAAAUAUGAUCUGGAGAAGCGACACGAGCGUCAAGAGUAUGACUUAAAAGAGCUGCAUGAACGUCAACUACAAGCGGCUCGUAAUAGCGCUUUGAAGAAAGGUCUCGACCCGAAUGAGGCCACCAUAACGCAUCCGCCCAAAGUGAAUGUUGUGUCGAAAUUCGAUCGCCAGACCGAUCGCCGUUCCUAUGGAGACCGCCGAAAUCUCUUUGCAAAGCCACUCGUCAAGAAACAACCGAAGAUAGCACGCGGAACCGCGAGACCUCCACCGGAAUGGGGUCGUCGUGACAACGAAGAGCUCGAGCAGCUGCGUAAGAAUCUCGAACCAGUCAAGUACAUCGAGUUGGUGAAAGCCGAAGGCGAUGCCGCCCGUCCGCCCGUCCAGCCAAUUCCGCUAGUCGUUCCGCAA